UUAUAAGACACCUCGGACAAAGCUUGAUAAGGCUCAUAAUAAUAAUUGUUUUCCAUCUUGGUCCUAGUCGCUUUGCCAUCUGUAAUAGCUCUUCUGUUUACUGCUCUGUCUCUUCUGUAUCAUAAUUGUUGAUAGUUAAUUUCUGAAAAACUGUCUAAAUUCAGUUUUUAUCAAGAACGAGAGCCGAUUUCUUGAAAAGAAAGGGAAUCGUCCCCCGCUGCUGAUGACGGUGCCUCCAGGCGCCGUCACGUGUCCGUAACCAUGGAAACGACUAAACAAGCGGGCCUCGCUCAGUCCGCGCGCGCCGGUGUAAGCGGAGGGAAAAUAAGGACCAAACUCGGGGAAGGUUAAUAAAACUAGAAGGGGUCUUACCUGUUUGUGGUUAUUAUGACGGCCGCCUUCUAAUUAUCAAGGUAAUUAUCGAGGUUUUACAUGCAUCAUGUCUCGAGAGAAUGAAGGUAAAACACGGUACUCCUCCGCGGAGGAAACCGCGGAUAAUCCCGAGACGGGGGAGCCAAAGGUGCGAGAGGAGGGAGAUGCAGAAGACCCCCCACACAAGGAGAGAGGGGUCCAUACGGCCGACAGCACUGCCACAGAAGAGAAUGAAGGUAAAACGUGGGAGCCAGAGGUGCGAAACGAGAGGAGUGCAGAAGACCCCCCACACAGCCCAGCUGAGACCCUUGAGGAGAGAGUGGUGUCUACAGGGCUGAGUUUUUCAUCCAUCACGUCUCAAGAAGAGGAUGAAGGUCAAACACAGGACUCCGCCACGGAGGAAACUGCGGAUAAUCCCGAGACUGUGGAGCCAAAGGUGCAAGAGGAGAGGGAUGCAGAAGACCCCCCACACAAGGAGAGAGGGGUCCAUAUGGCCGGCAGCACUGCCACAGUCAAGGUAAAGCUCCUUCCUGAUGGACGCAUCGUGACUGCAGCCUUUUCAACUGCACUGACCAUCCAGGAUCUGAAAAUUUAUUUUUCAAAAGAGCUAAAAAUCCCAUCUGAUGUCAUAGAAAUUCUCCUCUAUGGUGAUGCUGUUGCAGACCAUGAGACGCUCAUCAGUUUGGGAGUCCAGCCACAUGGCGCAGUUGAGUUGGAGCUGCGUUCCUCUGACCCCACCGGAUACCCGAUCCGCCCCUUGAAACAGCAAGCGGAGUAUAGCACGCAGGACGUCAUCACUGUGAGGGUUCAAAAAGAUCCAAAGUCAGAGGCUUUCCAGCAAGUGGUGGUGGAGAUAGAUAGGGUCAUGCAGAAGAAGGCCUUCCUAGGUGGGUUCCGGCACAAGAUCUCAGGGACGGAGUUCCACCACGCCGCGGUGCAAACCCUGCCCAGGAGGAGACCGGACCGUGGUGUGAAGAUGUUCUCUCAAUGGACACAGACGGUUGAGACGAAGUCCCAGGCUGUGCAGCUGGCCAACACAACAUCCACGCAGAUGACGAAGAUCGGCUGCUAUGUGUCCAACAUGGAGGACAAAGUCAUCACCCCGGGAACGUACAUCACUGCUGACGAGUACCACAGCAAGAGGCUGAAGGCGGUGAUCGUUCUACAGACGUACGUGAGACAGUGGCAGGCCAGGCGUGUGACGGAUCGGCUCCGGAAGGACAAGGAGCGCCGUGUGGAAUGGGUGAAGAAGGAGGAGCUGAGGAAGAAGAGGGAGAAGGAGGAGCGCCUGAAAGUCGAGUAUCACAGAAGGAUGAAUCCGGAGACGAAGGAAGACUUUGACCUGCUGUACAACGCUGUGGACAAGUGGAGGCAGGAGGAGCUGGAGCGCAUCAACGCCACCCUCAGCGGGCCGGAGCGCAAGGCGGCCCUGUGCGCACUGCUGGAGCAGGAGACGCAGUUCAUCGCGUACAUCGGGCAGCAUCGCUUCGCCGCCGCCGAGAAGAACCGCCUGAGGUCCCUACAGGCCUUCCUGGAAAAGUGCGCCGCCCCCAAGAGAUGGCUGGCGUUUGACGGCAAAGUGACCCUCAUGGACACUCAGCACACCAUCAGGGCCAGGGAGCUCAAGGAGCUGUACAGCAGCGUUACGGCGCAGAGCGUGAGCCACGAAGAGAGACUUCGAGCGCUUCUGAGCCUCAGAAACAUCGUCAAGAAUCACGACUGCAAGCUGACACGUGAAAUUGUGGAGCUCAUCGACAGAGAGAUGGACCUCCUGUCCAGAAGUGUCAGGGAGGCCAACUUGGGUGGGCUGAGGACGAGGAUCGCCACGCUCUUCCUCCAGUACAUCAAGACUCCUGUCUUCAACCCUGAGGUCUCCAGGUUGCUGAAGGUUCCCCAGGAUCCUGUCCAGCUGAAGCAGGACAUGUUCUUCUGCCUCGGCUGCGGUGGUUACCGCCGAGCCGCAGACUUUUCCCUGACGUCGAACUCGCGGACGGUGGGCCGCUGCACGCACUGCGGACAGCUGGACAAUGAAGGCCGUCUGCGAGAGGACCUCUCCCUCUACAAGGACAUCCUCUGCCGGCUGCAGCAGACAGAGAUCGAGCACAGCAAGGAGGCCCAGAUCCCCUUCUUGCUCCAGGAGCGUGACCUGCGCUACCUGGUGGACGUGGUGUGGGAGGCCCAGUCGGCCCUCAGCGCCUGGAACGAUCUGCACGACCUGGUGACGGUGCGCUGGGAUCGCUCCCGGGAAUGGAGCCCCUGGAACUGCAUCCUGCUCACCGAGGACGAAGCCACCGCCCACCUGAAGCUGGAAAAUGUGGAGCAGGCGUACGGCGUGCCCUUCGUCCACAGCGUGCAGCACAGACACACACUGGGCAGGAAGUACUUCUCCCGCAUCCCACGCAUGGCCGAGAUGCUCCGACAAUCGGACACCCAGCAAGUGGCUUAGGCUCCUCCCCCAAUGUCUCUGACGCACCUUGCUGAUGAUCUGAUCCAGCAUCCAUCUGUUUGUGUGACUGCAUGGUGUCCUUUAGAGUCUCCUGGAGCACCACAGCUCAAAGGAGUCUUCCCUGCUGCUGUUUUCACAUCCAUGUAGUGUUCCAGAACAUACCGUGGCCCGGACGCUUAUAUUUGUUCCUGUGGACGCAUCCGCGCAUGUGAGGACUUUUUCCGGAUCUUUCACGGGAGCUCUGCUGAUCUUCGGGUCUUCCUCAUCUUCUGCAGUUAGUGGGGUGUCCUCGGCAUGACGGAGACAGAGAUGUUGCUUCCACCAGCUUUUAACCACUUUUCUGCUUCUCGUAAUGUGCUCAGUGUCCAUGUUGCAAAGGUUAGGAGACAGAAAGCAGCCUUGUUGAGCCUUGUCAAGAGCUGACAUCCUCACGAUGAUGCUGAACAACGAGAACAGUGUAAAUCAUAGUAAUGUUGCUCCAAAUGAUGUUUUCAGCACGCCACAUUUCAAACACGUCCUUCGUCUUUUAACAGCGAGGCCGUUUUCCCCAGGCUGCACCCAUGGGUGCGUCCAAAAGGGUAAAAACCAAGAGUUCUGCUGCACUGCGGUAAGAGGGCACUUAUCGCUCACCCGGGCAUGUAAGCGUGUGUCUUUCAGCUGUAGACAGACAGCGUGGUGAUUAUAACUGCUGCCUGUGGACCCAAAUGUAACAGGUUUGAAUCCCAGC